AUGUUUUGUGAACAGAUUGGUGACCCUUCUGCAUCUAUUCCUCUGGCCCAGCUUAUUAAGACGGCCAGUCUGGCUGAAGCCAAUGCUUCUGAAGAAGAUAAAAUAAAAGCUAUGAUGACACAGUCUUGCCAUGAAUAUGAUCCAAUCAAUUACAUGAAGAAACCCUUGGGUCCACCUCCACUGUCACAUACUUGCUUUCAUUGCGGAGGGCUUGGCCAUUAUAAAAAGAACUGCCCAGAAAAUAGGGACAAAAAUUUUGAGUCUGUUCCUAGAAUUAAAAAGAGCACAGGGAUCCCAAUGAGUUUCAUGAUGGAGGUGAAAGAUCCCAGUACAAAGGGUGCUAUGCUGACAAACUCUGGGAAAUAUGCCAUACCAACUAUUAAUGCGGAAGCUUACUCUAGAGGAAAGAAGGAAAAGCCUCCUUUUUUGCCAGAGGAGCCGUCCUCCUCCUCCUCAGAUGAUUCUAUUCCAGAGGAGUUGUUAUGUCCCAUUUGUAAAGAUAUAAUGACGGAUGCAGUUCUUAUUCCCUGCUGUGGAAACAGUUAUUGUGACGAAUGUAUUAGAACAGCAUUACUGGAAUCUGAGGAACAUACAUGCCCAACAUGUCAUCAAACAGAUGUUUCUCCCGAUGCUUUAAUUGCCAACAAGUUCCUACGCCAG